UGUGCGGGACCAGGGAAACCUAGACCAGCCCUGACAGGUGUUUCUCCAGCCUGCUCUUAAAAACCUCCUUUGAGGGGGAUUCCACAACCUCCAGGUAGAGUCCUAGAGAAAUUACCAACUCUUAAGGCUGGAUGGGGACCCAGACAGUUACUAUGGAAGUAGAAUCAGAAUGGCUACUGGUAGCUAGCCAGAUAGGGAGAGGACUGAACUUGACAUUUUCAACUUAUGGCUGAUUGCUGUACAAAUCACGUAAACAACUACAGGUGCCAACCAGGUCAAAGUCUACAGUACUUGAAAUAUGAAAAAUGUGAACUUAAAAUAGCAGCUUUGGCUAUAAGUGUAGCUGCUGAAGAUGCAAAGGAACAGAUUGAGCAACUGGUAUCACAGGAGUUUGGAAAAAGUGGAAAAUCAAAUCAAAUAAACAUAGAAUUACAAGAAAUUGUAUUUGUCAUCCAGAGUCAGAGUAACUCUUUUCAUUCAAAAAGAGCAGAAGAUUUAGAGCGCAAUAUUUUAAACCAGGCUGAAGAGCUUGGAAAGGAAUUACCUAGAGUUCUGCUUAUUCAUCAGAUGGAUAGACAUGAUGGUGCAUGGACUAUACUACCAUUAAUGCAAGACUUCUCUGCUUCCUAUGGUAGAAACUCCUCAUGGAUUUUCUUCUGUGAAGAAGAUACAAGAAUACAAAUUGUUAAACUGCUGGAAACACUUAGAAGAUUUGACAAGUCUAAGAGAUUCUCUGAAUAUAAGAAUGACCAUACUGUGUCAAACCAAAAGUCCAUUGAGCCCAGUAUCCUGUCUUCUGACAGUGGCCAACACCAAGUGCCUCAGAGGGAAAGAACAGAACAGGAAUGGUUCUUAGGAAAAGCAUUAUAUGAUGAAGAAUCUACAAUAAUACAUCAUUAUGCCUUUGCUGAAAAUCCUACAGUCUUUAAAUUUCCAGAUUUUGCUGCUGGCUGGGCACUUAGCAUUCCACUUGUAAACAAGCUUGCAAACAGGCUGAAAAGUGAACCACUUAAGUCAGACUUUACAAUAGAUUUAAAACAUGAGAUUGCAUUAUAUAUUUGGCAGAAAGGCAAUGGGCCGCAUCUUACUCCUGUGCCUGAGUUUUGUACGGAUGACUUGAACUCAUUUAAGGCUGUUCACUGUGCCACAAUGUUCAGUAACUUCCUACCAGUUUGCGGAGACCUAGUGAAGAAAGAGGACAUCUUUGUUGCUGUAAAAACAUGCCGAAAAUUUCACAGAGACAGAAUACCGAUUGUAAAGCAGACCUGGGAAGGUGAGGCUGCCCUUGUUGAAUAUUAUAGUGAUUAUGCAGAGACCUCCAUUCCUACUAUAGAUUUAGGAGUACCUAAUACUGAAAGAGGUCAUUGCGGGAAGACUUUUGCCAUUUUGGAAAGAUUUUUGAAUCACAGCUCUUCCAAAACACCAUGGUUAGUCAUUGUGGAUGAUGACACCUUAAUAAGUAUCUUUAGGCUCCGGAAAUUACUCAGCUGCUAUGACCCAAAUGAACCAGUGUUUCUUGGAGAGCGUUAUGGCUACGGAUUGGGAACAGGAGGAUAUAGUUAUAUCACUGGCGGAGGAGGGAUGGUUUUCAGCAGAGAAGCAAUCCAAAAACUACUUGCUAGUAAAUGCCAGUGUUACAGCAAUGAUGCUCCUGAUGAUAUGGUCCUUGGAAUGUGUUUCAGUGGCUUAGGAAUCCCCAUAACACACUGUCCACUUUUCCAUCAGGCAAGACCAAUGGACUAUCCAAAGGACUACCUUGCUCACCAAAUUCCAAUAUCAUUUCACAAGCAUUGGAACGUUGAUCCAGUCAAGGUGUAUUUCACAUGGCUGGCACCAAAGAUGGAAGAUUCAUUUACUGAAAAGAAACAGAGACGUAUUAGGGAAGAUUUAUAAUAUAUAAAAUAUUUUAAAUCUCAGUAAGGUACUGCAGAUUAGUGAGAGACAGGCUGUACUGUAGUUUUGGUGUUGUGUUGUUGUACUACUUGUCUGCAUUAUUGCAUAGAACACUGAAUGUUUCAAUCCAGUACGUGUUACACUUGUUAGAAAAGGAAGAGGGAACCAGCUUGAUUUUGUGCGUGUGUGUGGUUUGAGGAUUUAUUGUCGGAAAUACCUUGAGUUUUGAAUCUUGUGACCAUUAUAUUUAACAUUUUAAAUGUCGUAUACGGUAUUUUUGUAUGUUCCCUUUUGGAAUUCGCUGUCAAACACCAGCAAUUCACAUUUCGCUUUUCCUCACUGUCUAGUAGUGGCCUAAGUUCCAUAUGUAGGGGCCUAAUUCUAAAAGGUACUGAAUACCUACACUUCCCAAUGACUUCAGAAGAACUUCUGGGUUCUUGAAAUCAGUAAAAAAUCAGGCCUUAGGUAAUGAAAGGGUAGGGAGGUGUGCAUUUUAAUAAACAGCGGUCUGGAAAGAAAACAUCAUGUACUGUACUUUGUAUUGUUUCCAAAUAGAGAUGUUGCAGAUGCAUGGGGUAGAUGACUCCCUUUUGAGUUUGAACUACUAUUGCACUUUUAAACAUGUUAGCUUUUGUAGAAAAUAUCACCCUAGGAAAUCCAAAGGAAGGUCUGGGAUUCUUAAAUUGACUACAAAAUGUCGCCAUGGUUCAUUAAGAAACCUAGGUGACAGUUUCUAUCUUUGGCAACUAUAAAUGUUUGUCUCUUAAGGAUUGAAAAUCUAAUGUUUAGAUAUUUAUAAUGUGCACAUCACCAUAGUAUCUAAGUGCCAAGCUAAAAAUUAGUUUGUAACAUCCAUAAUUUAUAUUAUCUACAGCAGGGAUCGGCAACCUUUGGCACGUGGCCCACCAGGGUAAGCACACUGGUGGGCUGGGCCAGUUUGUUUACCUGCCACAUCCGCAGGUUCGGCCGAUCGCGGCUCCCACUGGCCACA